ACCACAGAAAGAAUCGGACAAGGAGAAAAAAUCACUGAGAGCUUUUCCUUCCUUUCUCUACCCCCGCUCGCAUUCCUCUGCGCGCUUUCAUCGUCCAUGUCGGUAUCUCGCCUGUUCGUAUCUUUUAUCUUAUUGGCUUGCUUGUACUUGCUGCCGUCUUACGGAUCCUUCGCGGCUCCGCCCCUCUGCUCUCGAUCUGAUCUCGCCGGAGUUGCGGAUGAACUUAGGUCGCAGUGCCCUCUGUGGAUCGAGCGUUUUGUGCCGGAAGAGGUUCAAGGUGAUACUCUGGAUAAAAAAUUGGCUCAUGUUGAAGAUGGUGCAUAUUUUUCUGUUCUCUUCUAUGCAUCAUGGUGUCCAUUUUCACAGAACAUUAAACCCUCUUUUGAUGCACUUAGUUCCAUGUUUCCACAAAUAUGGCAUUUAAAAGUGGAAGAAUCUUCUGCCAUGCCAAGGUACAAGACUGACUGUGUUUUUUCAAGAUAUGGGAUCCAUAGCUUUCCAUCCAUUUUGUUAGCCAAUAGAACUUCAAGGAUAAGAUAUCAUGGCUCGAAAGAUCUCAAUUCAUUAGCUCACUUCUACAGACAAACUACGGGCCAAGAUCCAGUUGCAUAUUUCUCUGUGGAUCAACCAAAGGAGAAUAUAAAUGUUGUCCAGCCAAGCCACAGACCAGCUGGUGAACUCCUAAAAAAUGAACCCUAUCUGGCAUUUUCUCUACUCUUCAUCCUCUUGAGGGCAUUUACUUAUUUCUUCCCCAAGUUCAUCUCAAAAAUCAAAUCUUUCCGGAUUCUCCAUACCUUCCGCCAUGCCAACCUUCGCGCCUUAAGCGAAUUGACCCAGCCCCUCGUGCGAUUUCUUCACGUAAUCGACAUGAAGAGGGCGUGGAACAAACUUCACCUAUCAAACACGACGAGAAAUCUUCACAAAGGGGCGAAAAAUGCUCGCGUGUGGGCUUCUUCCUUGGCUUCCAUGUCGCUCGGGGAAUCAUCUUCUUUAAGGUCAGCCCACUUGAAUUAACGAUCUCUUCUUUUGUUUCUCGAGGGGCGUUGUGUUAUGACGACGAAAAGCAGAAUAUCUCGGGGUCCUAUGUGGAGGAUUGUUGUAAUGGUGUUUUGGUUAACAUCCCAUAUUUGGUUUUAGGUGAAUGUUUUGGUUUGGAACUGAGGUGUUGAACGCAUGAGAAGAGGGGUCUUAGCAUGUAAAUUUUCAGGACCUUAUCCUUAGUGUAUAUUAAUACACUUGCAUGCGCUCUAAAGUGCGGUGCAUUGUUAUUUCUUUGGUGAACAUCAUUAGCCUUUUGAUUAGAAUAUGUUUUAGAAUCA